AUGUGCAAAGCUAACCUUGGCUUACUGACAAUGCUAGCGGCCUGGUUCAGCAAAAAGGAGGAGUCAUAUGAUUGCAUCCAGGCCAACCAACAACUGCCUUGCAGCUCCUGCAAGCCCCCCAUCAAUGUGUUAGCACUGCCAAGUGAUGCCAACAGUCACACCAUCAAGCCUUGCAAAACCAAGAUAAUUGGUCCUCCUCCCCCACCCAAACUCACGGCCGAAUUGCAAGUGCACGCAAGGGAAAAACUCCAAUGGUUCACACUUGAAUGCUGGUACAGAAAGGACAAUAUUCUCAACAAUAUAGUCCCACACACCAUUUACUGGGCUCAAGGCAAAGUCCUUACCAAUAUUAUCAACUCAGCAGCCUCUUGCAAGACUGGCCAUAUUUUGAGGACGAUGGUCAAGCACUAUUCAAACUUAUUGAGUCACUCAACUGUAGAUACAAUGCCAGGGUCAUCAAAACCCGGAUUUCCAGCAACAAGAAGAGAACAGAGACAAGAGCUAGUAACAAUGCAAAGACAUACAUUACCACCUCCUUAUUUUUUACAACCUACCUACCACCCUCCCUUAUUCUACCACCACCCACCCUACUUCCCGCACUUCCCACUCCCAGCCCUGCUCCAGCUAUUCCUGACAAGCGACCUCAACUACUAUAGUGUGGAGAAGCUGUCAUUAUAUGAAGAGGAAGGUGACUCAAUAGAGGUGAAUGGUGGUGAACAGCAAGGUACCCAAGUACAUUGGCGGUUCUGGUUGCUGCAAUCAGUGCAUGAGUGCUUGAAGUUUGUUAUCCAACCCAGUUUCAGGAAUGCCAUGACAUGA